UCUUUUUGAAAUUCUGAGACCGUUCCAUGUUUCUCCUUCUCCAGUUAUUAUAAUAUAUCUAUCUCUGGCCAGGCGCAUAUAUAUUAUAAAAGCAUCUACUACUGGAUAAUAAGGAGAGACCAACUUUCACCCUCAUAGCAGCAACACCAAAAACAUGGGGAGAGCUCCUUGCUGUGACAAAGCCAACGUCAAGAAAGGGCCAUGGUCACCAGAGGAAGAUGCCAAGCUCAAGACUUAUAUUGAGAAAAACGGCACUGGGGGCAACUGGAUAGCCUUACCUCAAAAGAUUGGCCUUAAGCGAUGUGGGAAGAGCUGCCGCCUCCGCUGGUUGAAUUAUCUCAGGCCCAAUAUCAAACAUGGAGGAUUUUCAGAGGAGGAGGAUAACAUCAUUUGCAGCCUCUAUAUAAGUAUUGGAAGCAGGUGGUCCGUCAUCGCGACUCAAUUACCGGGAAGAACUGAUAAUGAUAUUAAGAACUACUGGAACACAAGGUUGAAGAAAAAGCUACUCGGCAAGCAGCGGAAAGAACAACAGGCUCGCCGAGCUAACUACCUCAAGCAAGAGAUGAAGAGAGAACCUGGGAUUUUUGUGGUUCCUGAUCAGGCCGUUGGCAGAAACCCUUAUUGGGCGGAGCUGCCUGCAGUAUCUGUGCAUCCGAACCAAGAUCCGGAUAUCAAGGACCAAGCAUCCAUUAAGAAAUUGCUGAUCAAGCUGGGAGGAAGAUUUGGUGAUGAUGGUCAACAACCAGGCAGUAACAGCAUAAACUUUCAGUACCCUCUUGAUAUUUCCACCGCACAAGAUGGUCCAUAUGAGACAUCCAUGAACAUGUUUGCCUCAUCUACGUCGACCAUGAAUUCAAUCAACAGUACGGGUUCCCAAUUGCCAAACACCCACUAUGACGUCAAUGGAUCAGCUUCAAAUGUUCUUCAAGGGUAUAACAGCCUCCUAAAUGAACUGGUGUAUGGCAACCCACAACAAUUAGAUGGCUCUGGGAGCUUUUACGGAAUAGAAGACAUCGCCAAUGGUAGCACUGGGACUAGCUCCGCAGAAAGCAGCAGUUGGGGAGAUAUAAACUCUCUGGUUUACCCCUCUAUCAUCUCCAAUUAUGGAGUUGGCCAACAAGGGCCAUUACAAGAUUCUGGUUUUGAAGAGUUGAGGUACCUGGGCUCCCAAUAGCAGCACUGUACAUUGGUGGUGUAAAUUUGUACCACUAGGGGAUUCGGUGGAGGAAUUUCAUAGAAUCUUAAUGAACUCACUCAGAGUUUUGUUUGUUCUGUGCUUUCACUUUCAUUCUGAUUUGUGCUCUCAAAUUUGCUUGAUUUAAUUAUAAGCUAUUUAUCUUUUUCAGUUCAA